AUGUACGCGAGCAUCUUCGGUAAUGUGAGCGCUAUCAUUCAACGUCUCUACAGCGGUACGGCACGCUACCAUGCGCAGAUGUUGCGUAUCAAAGAGUUCAUCCGUUUCCAUCAAAUCCCCGGACCGCUGCGACAACGCCUGGAGGAGUACUUCAUUCACGCGUGGGCUUAUACCUGCGGCAUCGACAUGACCGUCGUACAACGCAGCUUCCCCGAAUGCCUUCAAAUGGAUAUUUGUAUGCACAUUUAUCGUGGUCUGCUGACAGGCACUCGCGUCUUUCACGGUGAGUAA